GGUCCGUCUGGUCAAAGCUGGUAGGUCGUUUGGUGUGCGACCGACCAGCGGCAAAAGAGAUAGAUGGCUCUGUACAACUCUCUCUGCCGAAAAGGUAAUACUAACGAGCAGACGUGCAGUCCGCGUAGCAUCGUCUGUCUGUCUGUCUGUCUGCCCAACAGUCAGAGCUGAGUAAGCUGGAACGUCAAAACCACCCACUCUCUGACUCCAGACAUGACAUGCAGCCAGCAUACAGCCACCCGAACACCUUUGGUGGUCGUCUGAGCAUAGGCUUGACCAAGACCAUCACCACACGACCACCUCUCACUAGUCCAUCCAUCCCCUCAUGUCGUCAUCCUCAUGUCCUCCUCUGCCGACGUCUUCUCUUUCUGGCCGGCUCAGCCCUCUCCCUCCUGCUGGUGGCCCUCCAUCUCCCCUCUCGGCCGCUUCGUCCCGCGACGCACCUGAGUGACAGACACAGACACACAGCAAUGGGUGUAUGUGUCAUCAGGCCAUGAGUGCCACUGACUGCAUGACCUACCUGCUCCUUGAGGACGUCUAUCUCCUGCCGAAGGCGUUCGUUCUCGGCCUCCAACCGCCGCCGGUCGGCCGACUCCUGAGCCACGAACAGACACACAGGAAGGCAUGAGAAGUGGACCUGCCGAUCAAAGGGAGAAAAGUGUGGCUGACCUUGUUGCUCCUUGUGGUUUCUCGCUCGAUGAAUGCGCUGCACAGCUCGGUGAAGGCAUCCUCAUUCUGCGGUUCGAGUGCCUCCUUGAGGGCGGCCAUGAAUUCCGUUCGCACCGCUGAGGGAAGGAUGGGAAGGAUGGGAAGGAUGGGAAGCACAGCAGGCACGUCCCUCAGGUUCUCCCGCAUGAAGUCGGUGUCGUCGGUGUCGUCGGCGUCAUCCCCCUGCAGUUGGGAUAUGAUGAUGUCGGCCUUGAGCUGCGCGAGCCUCUUCACGGCUGCCGCCCAGUGCAGCAUGAGGGCAAGUCGAUGAUGCUGCGCCGCGACCAUAAACGAGAACAUCGACGCAGCAACCUCACGAUGGAUCGACCUGCAUCCACACACCACACGCAUCAGCCAGUCAGCCAUGCACAUGCACACGAGCACAUCUUCCCUUCUCCCUCACUCACCGGGCCAUGUUGGUGACUUCGUCCCAGCACCCGUCCUUGGCGCAGAGUCGGAGGUAGUGCAGGGCGAGGACGCGCAUCGGGAAAUGCUUGACUGUCAAGUUCAAGCGGACGUCCUUGAGUCGCGCCCCUCCCACCCCCUGCCGCGAUAGUGCAUCAGCCGAGAUGUUGGCCUGGUUCAUGUGCAGGCAGGUCUCUCCCGCGAGCAGCUUUACGCAGGAGUCCCCGACUGAGGGCUCUGACUCGUCGUUGCCCAUCCGGAUCCGCUCGGUGAAGAGAGAAGGGGGCCUGUGGAGCCGAAUGGCAGUAGAGUCACCACGGAGGACAUCUAGUGAGCCGUCGACACCAUAGCAGGUCACGUAGGCCUCUCCCUCGUCGCGAUUGUUGAGCCUGUGGACCACCACGUGCCAGCCCGCGAUGUCGCUCAGCUUCGUCUCGCCGUCUUUGAUGGCGUCGAUGGGAGGGGAGGAGGGGUAAGGGGGGACGAAGCGAGGCAGCCCAGCAACAUAGGCGGCGCAGUCGUUGGUGAAGAUCUCGGGACUGUUGACGGUGAACGGGUGGAUGGUGCCGGAGACUGCAUGGGCGAAGACGUCUUUCUCGAAAGCAGCACCUGCGGCCAAAGGGAAAAGAGGCAGCGGUAAGCUUCACCAAUGAAUGCAUUUGGACAUCCCUGCUUGCAAGGCGUACCGUGAGCAGCAGCGAUCGAUCGAGACCCGGUGGAAUUGGUGAUGAAGUUGCCCAGCUCCUCUCGACCUAUAUCGAUCUCAUCAUACGACAGCGCCUCUGCCAGGCUGGCCAGCAGGCUCACGGCUGCCUUGGCCGCGGGCGAGUCCGCCCCGUCCCCUCCGCGCAGACAGGCGCGCCAGUGAUCACGGACGAUAUCAGGCUUCUCGCGCACACACGGCAGCAGACGCUCGCAGAUGUCUUUGUGCUGGUGGAUGAAGAGCGCAAUGAGCCCAUAUCGGGCGAAGCUGUCGAGCAGGCUGCUGGCCAGGCGCUGGUCAUCCAGCCAGUUCUCCAACACCAUCUGACACAUGACAUGCAGAACCCAGACACAUAGGAUGAGAGCCUACGGCCUGUCUUCAUCCUCUCGCCCACCCGUCGAUGCAGACGCCACAGUACGCUGCUGGCUGUGGUGGCCUGGUCGGUGUCGAACUGCAGGUAGUCGAGUGCGAUCAUGGCGUCCAGCAGGUUGUCCUUGGUCAGCGAAUCUACUAUGUCCAGCUCAUGCUGCAGCACCACCACAUCGAUGGCCCGAGUGACCUCCUUGAUGCGGACCUCGCCCUGCUGCGCUUCCCGGAACUCGCCUGGCCCAUCCAACACCUGUUGUUUGAAGCACAAACACGACAGGAGCGAAGAGCAGCCAAUGAAUCAUCUGUCAUUCUUUCACCUUUUAUGUGUGCGUCCUUCGUUCCUGACCUUCUGCAAGUACUUGAACUGUUGAGCAAUUCCCUCCGCAAUUCUAAGAGGCUCAUCUGCCUCGCCAUCGUCGGCGAAACAAACCAUGAUGGUUCGCUCCAUGGAGGUAUCCAUUGAGAUGAAUCAAGUGAAGAAGAAAACACACAAUAGAGCCGCGUUCUGCCCUUUGCUUUGCU